AUCAGCAUGAGCCGAUGCCCAAGAGCGAAACGGUCUUUCGUCGCGGACCAUCUCCAAGAACAUCAGGAAUUAGCCGAUGCCCACUUAGCAAAAGCUGCAGGAGCGAACUCUCCGCUGUGGGAAACAUGGAUUCUUCGGCUGUGACAAGUGCGGACAAAGGCUCUUUGCUUCGGCGAGACCAACUUUGAUUUCAGAGACUGCUGAAGCUGAGAAGCUGGAGUGCUGCAGUGCUGCAGGCAAGCCAUUGACCUUUUCAAGCGAAGCGAAGCGGAGUGUCAGGAGGAUGCCCUCUUCAGUGUGCACGCGUUCUUACGACUGUAGCCCUCGUGCAGCUCAACGUUUGCUUUUUCCGACCAGUCAGCCUAGUCAUCGUCAUGGGGAAGGUGGAUGCGGAAUCCCAUGCGCCGGCGUGGCGCAUUGACAACAAGGCCAAAAUGAAAGAUGUCGCGCUUUUCCAAAACAGAGAUGGAAGCUCUGAUGGUGUCUUGUGAUACUGGGUCAGUGAUGACCGUAAGGUAUGCAUCGGCCUCUACAAUGACAUGAAGAAUGAAAAGCUCAUUGUCACUUUUCAAGGUGCAAAGGAAGAAGCGCUCGCAAAGCCCGAGGAUGCGGCAAAACCUAGCUUUCGAUGCAAAGUGGAUGGAGAGAAUAUCGCCUUCACAGUACUUCCAGGUGAGAUGGUACUUGCUUUCGAUGGAGAGGGCCAGGUUCCAGGCUUUGUUCCUGCGGCCGAGCCACUUACUGCGGCAGAUUACAAUGAAGCCUUCGGAGAUCUUGCAAAACUCUAUGAUGAAAGUGCGGAAAAGGUGAAGGCCCUCAUCUCCGAGCGCGGACUUGACGCAGCAAAUGAUAUGGCGAUACUGCAAGCUUGCGUUGAAACAGGGACGCGCUUUGUUGACGUGAACUUCAACCGUGAGGUUGUCAUGGGCAAUGGAGAGGCAUGCCCUGGACCCUUCCUUUGUCCGGAGCAGUUCUUGAAAGAUGGGCAAAAGAAAAGCUUGUUCGUCUCAGAUGAAUCGGGUGAGAAGGUCUCUCCUGGUGACGUGGGACAGGGAUUCCUGGGUGAUUGUUGGCUGAUUGCAGCAAUUGCAGCCUUGGCUGAGUGGCCACAGCGAGUGUACUCCAUCUUUGGUGUGGAUGGCAAUCCAUACUAUGGCAAUGAGGUGGGAGGCUACGUGGUGAAUCACACCAAAGAUGGCCUUUGGACCCGCACCAUCGUCGAUGACUUCCUGGUGAUGCGCGGGGUGUCACCCCUCUUCGCGCGGAAUCGGAAGAAUUCGGCGGAGCUGUGGGUGGCAAUCUUGGAGAAAGCUUGGGCCAAACUCCAUGGAGGAUACAGGGUGAUCCAGGUGGGGAAGACCGCCAAUGCCUUGACGGACCUCACCGGCUCGCCCUCCCAGAUCUUCGCCUUCAACCCGGAGGAUCCGCAAGAGGUCUUGCUGGAUGGCUUUGUGAAGACCGAGUUUUGGAGCAGAGAUGAUCUGGGCAAGGCCUUGACUCAGUGGAACCACUCGGACUUUGCCAUGAACGUGCAAACCCCUGGCACCGAUGCGUCCUCCUUUGACCGAAAGAACAAUGAUUUGACCGGCUUAGAGAAGGCAUAUAAGAAGAUUGGACUUUUGCCAGGUCAUUGCUACACUCUCUAUGGGGUGGCUGUAGCCUGUGGAGAAACCAUUUGCCAGAUCCGCAAUCCGUGGGGUUCCGGCACUGAGUGGACGGGAAGGUGGAGUGAUGGAAGCAAGGAGUGGAAAGACAUCGAUGAGCAAGAAGGGGCGGAAAUCCUCGACAUGCUUGGGAACCGCUCCAUGCCGAGCUCUUCGGAUGGAAUGUUUUGGAUGUCGCUAUUGGAUGUCUCUAAGUACUUCAAGGGGGGGAAGCGUCACCAUGAUUCAAAGCCCUCAGACGGACCUUCGUUUUCUGGGACAAAGCAACGGACAAGCAAACUUUGCUCUGAGCCUCAAGAACAAGACUCCUUCGAACCGCUUCGCAUUCAUGGCAUCUCAGCCGGAUCAUCGGGGGCGAUCGGGCGGCUCCUAUGCAGGUCUGCAGAUUCGGGUGUUGCUCAAAACCGAUGCGUGCUAUCGAUUGGCCCAGGCAGAGGAUUUGCAAGGCGAGGCCGCAGCCUGUCGAUGGCGAAUGUCCAGAGACAUGGGCCUCAAUACCGCACUUCCAGAGGGUGAGUAUAUCAUCACUCUUGUGACCGAUGCAAAUGGUCCUGUGGUUCUCUCACUUCAAGCAUCAGGUGACUUCACCGCUGAAGCCUUCGGGGUGCCAUCUGGAGCUGAGUGGUUGACCCGGCAGCUUGCAGCUGAUGCUUCCUUUGACAUCGACAUAUCGGCAGCUGCUGAGGGACUGCAACAGCAAAAGAAUAAAGUGCCUUUGUGAGCCCAAAGUGGUUCUGGAGUCUCAUGUGUGUAUCACUUCGUGAUCUCACAUUGGCGUCUCACACUGACAUGAUGCCGAUGAUGAAACAUAAACUUGUUGUCCAUCUCACAUCCGAGAAGCAAGAUGCUAGACCGGAUGCUGCAAGUGGAUGCCUCCACGCAGGUGAACCACGCGCCAGCGGGAGAAAAGGAAUCCAAAAGGAUACUUUUCAUUAAGACUCCAAGCUGCUCAUUUUGCAUACUUGGGUGUGUCUCAAACCUGGGAGAACCGCCAUUCUGGUCCGAAAAUGCCUUCAACAUGCAACCGACGUGGUUUUUGGGUGACCCAUGGUGACCCACUGGCCGUGCCACACCAGCGAUAUGAGAGGAGGUGCAGCACUGGCAGCGACUCAAACUAGGUGGAGUACAUUUGGCGAACUACGUCGAGCACUGAGGACUGAGUAAGCACCUCUUCACAUAACAAUCAUAGCAACGUUCCCUCGCAUUUGAAGAAUUCACAGAUUUGGACAAAUCGAAUGAAUGCAUUCAGAUGCUACAAGUACAUUGUCAGCAGGGUUUCAAAGUGAUCGAAGAAUCAACAGUGAAGGCUACACGUCAGGUCUACUUGCUGGCAAGGCCCACCACUUUUCCUUUUAGACGAGAAGGUUUUUUACUUACUGCUGCACUACUCAUUGCUGCAUUCUGUUCUCGUUCCCGAAUGCGUCGCGAAGGGUUCUCGUUUGACUCUGGGGGUCUGGGGGUAGAGCCUUGUUCGCGACCCGUUGUUUCUAUGUUCGCAACCGUCCGCAGUAGAGCGCUAAGGCGCUGCCAUUGGGGGAAGCUUUUGGAGCGGGUUUCGGAU